GUUUCUAACUUUUGCUCUUCAUCAGGACCAGAAGCAUCAGUCUUAGAGAGUGAAAGUUUCCUGUGUAGGCUGCGUGUCCCUCUUCCUCUCUAGCCCAGGUGAGGCUGGGAUGUGAUCUAUUCCUGCAAGGGAAUCAUGGAAGUCUUUUUCUGGAUACUUUUCUUCUUACCAAUCUCAAAGGCUCUGAAGACCCUUGGAGAAAUAACGUUGUCUGGAGAGCUGGGAGAAUCCAUUGACAUCAGGUGUCCAUUGACGGAACCAUCACAGAGGUAUUAUCUCUGUCGGGAGACUACGCCCAGACUGUGUACCACGGUAGUGUCCACUACACAAUUUGUGGAGUCGGGCUAUAAGGGCAGAGUCUCACUGAAGCUGCUCCCUAAGGAGAAUGUGUUCCUGGUAGAGCUGAAGAAGCUGAAAGAAGAGGACAAUGGCAACUAUGCCUGCGGAAUGGGCAUGAAUACAGAGAAGGGGAAGACCUGGAAAGUGAUUCUCACAGUCACUCCUGCAGCAAGCACUUCAGCACCAACGACCCCGCCAUGGCAAACCCAACCACCCUUGGACCCUUCUCCUACCAGCUCUGUCCUGUCUCAGAGAACUACCUCAGCAGCAGCAGCAGCCACCUCCCAGACCUCCGGAUCCUCUGUGGUCUCACAGACUCUAUACCUAAGGAAACUACUCAGGCCCUCCACUGUCAGUUAUUCUCAUCACACCAGGCUACAGGGUGAAAGUGCCUCCUACUUUGGAUCAUCUGUGAGAAAGGAUGGCGCAUUUCACAUCCUGAUCCCGGCCACCCUGGGCAUUAUCUUGAUGAUGCUUCUAGGAAUGGUGUUGGGAAGAUCAUUGCAGAAGAGGAGAGCUCUUUCUAGGAGGAUCAACAGAUUGACUAUGAGGCUGAGUACUCUGGAGGCCUCCCAGAGAUCUCAUUCCCACCUGCACCGCUCCCACCAGAGGCGCCUCCACUGGCCUGUCUCUAAUAGACUCCGUUGUCAACACAACAUCUACAGUGCUUGGCCACGACAAGUUCAAAGAACCAACCAGAAUGGUGAGCAAAUGCCUGCCAGAGGCCCCAGAAUUGAAGAAGCUUCUACUCCUACCCAGGCUUCUAAUACUGUCCAGGAACCGGUCCUUGUGAAGAAUGAAUACAUGAGCACCUAUCACCUGUGUUGUGCUGAGCCAGAAGACUGUGAUUCACAUGAUUACAUCAAUGUUUCCUGCUUGACUUAGAUGCCCAACUGCCCUCCAGACCUGGGCUUCCAUGCCGACAAGGCUUGCCGCUGAGCUGUCCUCAGAACCGACUCUGCUCUAUUUCUGGCACAUUCUGCAUGCCCACCCCAGCUGUUUUCCCCAGGUGGAGGCAGGGGCUCUGUCUUCCCUGAGCACAGCCCAUUCAUACCCCAAAGCUUCUCCUACUCAUCUCUGAAGGCCACUUUGCUUCCAUGGAGGCUAGCAGUUAAUAAACAUUUAUUAAGUGCCUA